CAAAGCAGGUCAGAUACCGUAGAUUGGUCAAUCGUAUGGCUGUCACGGGCCCCCGAACUGCGGUGUUUUUGUUUCUGGGGCUACUUGUCUCAUAUUCCAGACCAUGUACCUACACCACUACUUCGGACACGGGAGGAGACCAAGCUUUAUGGCAUGCGAGCACAAUGAGUACAGUGGCUAACAUUGGUGAAUGCCAGGAUGCAUGUACAGCGGACACUGCCUGCAUAUCUGCCGAAUUCCUGACUACAGCCGGUAGUUGCUUUCGUUUUCAAACUGCGACAGCUCUUUCGUCUAGGGCUAAUAGCAUCUACACAGUGAAAGAUUGUUCAGCUCCAACGACGACAGGAGACUUAACAACGCUGUCUGUUGCUCCAACGACGACAGGAAACUUAAAAACGCUGUCUGUUGAUCCAUGCUCCAUGACCAGAACCAGCAACACCAAGGGCGGAGUGACCGACAUCCAACUGACCCUGAGUACAUUGGGGGAAUGCAGCACGGCCUGCCUAUAUCUGUCUCAGUGUAUGGGCGUCACCUACUCCGGGGGCACCUGCAGCAUCUACGGGGAGUCCAUCACAGCCAUGAACUCAGGAGACACUAUGGACAGAGUAAAAUAUCCCUGUCCAUUUACAGGGAAGACCUGCUGUAUGGAAGACACAACAAAUAUGAAGGCUAGUGCAGCGGCUUUAAUGUCGUUGACGGCGUCUCUGGAGACAUGUGAGAUGGUCUGUCUCAACACCUCCUCCUGCAUGUCCGUCUACUUCAAGAACAACGUCUGCUAUCUCUACACUGCUGCCACAACCACUUCCGCUGAUACCGGAAGUACACACUCUGUCAGGACAUGCACCGGAACUCCAACGACGACAGGAGACUUAACAACGCUGUGUGUUGGCAGUGGAGCGGAUGUGUCCAUUGUCAGUUCGGGACUUGGAGUUGUAAUUUUGGCGGUGAUCGCAGUUAUACACCGAGAAGCCAUGAUCUGACACAGAGAACCGGGAUCUGCAUUGUUGUAUAGCAAUAUACUUGAAUGAUAUGUUAGUGAAUAUUUUUUUCACAGGUUUAGCUUAUCAUAACAACUUCAUCGAACAGCUAUUGUUUAAAUGUUUUUAAAGGAACACAAAUAAUGAUGAACAAAUCGCUAAAUGAAAACACACGAUUAUGAGGUGAAUACAGUAAACUACGGUUAUAACGAAUACGCUUAUAACGAACUGACGGAUAUAACGAACUUACUUUUUGGUCCCGACUGUUUGCUGUAGUUAUGCUGUAUAUAUACUUAUAACGAACUACGGUUAUAACGAACUAAAAUUAGUAGUCCCUUUGAGUUCGUUAUAACCGUAGUUUACUGUAUAAUUUUAUGGGCACGUAAUAAACCCUAGCUGAAUUACAAUGUUGCUUCACCGUUUAUGUAUUUCAUAUUGCGCCGACAGACUAGUACUGUUGAUAGGCAAGCAGAGUUAUAUUUGUUUCAAGCAUCCUUUGAGAUUAACAUACAUAGCAAGACCAACAACAGACGAAACCAGUAAUUGAAAACUCACUCAAAUAUGUUGAUUCGGGAAGAUUCUCCCACUUCAACCAGUAUUAUGUCUUAAUAAUUCAAUGUUAUUUGCUCUUUGUAAUAGUUUUACAUACGUUGAUAGUAGUGUAAUUUCAAUAGUGUUCAAAGUUUGUAUUUGUUUUCGUAACAUCAGAAUAGUAUGAUCAUUGUUAACAGACUAGUGUCCAUUAACAGCAGGGGAAACAUUGAACAUUUCAACCAACUUGGUUUACAGUUAACCUAAUUAAUAAUGGUAUCAAUCUAUUUGGGAAGUGAUUCGUCCUAUUAUGCAACUGUCUUUUAAUUUCAACGUUUAACACAUAUUUGUUUAGUUUUGCUAUUUUGUGUCAUACAAUGACAUUAUAACGAAACUAUUUUCAAGAUAUUAUCUGCAUUGUUGUAUUCAUGUUUACCAUAUUGUAUCAAGGAAGAUGGGUUUUAGGACAUUUGCCUUCUGUUAUUGAAUAUUCAAGAAGUAUCACUGUAUCACUGUACAGGGUGCCGUUGUACAAAACAACCUUAGCGCUACGACUGUAAGUCUAUGUUAAGGUAUGGGAGUUACGAUGACCUUAGCGCAAAGAUCGCUUUGUACAACGGCACCCAGGUUAUUUAAAUACAUACAUUUGUCACCGUCAGAUUUCUUGGCAUUUUCGUCGCCAGUAUCAGUGAAUAAAAACUAUUUCAAAUUGG